UUCUACUUAGUACGAGUAGCGCGCAAUGUGAUUAUAUCAAAAGCGAAAAUUUAAAAAUAGACGGGACGUUACAUCACGAUACUAGAAAUUAAACAUAUUAAUUAGCUACACAUUUUUCGGUCCGAGAACUCGGAUCAAUUUCUAGUUUCGUGAACACAAGGCUUAAAAAGCGAACGCACUCGUUGUGACGUCAUAUAUAAACAUGUCAAUUAUGGAUUUGUCAAAGAACGAAAUGCAGACCGAACCAACGUUGAUCGAAAAUCUGUCAGCAGAGCAGUAUUCGAGAUACGAAUCGCCAAAACGUGGCACCACGCUUUCCACCAGUACUAGCAGUUUCGAGGCGUUGGACCCGCAUGAUCCGAACCUAAGUCGUUUGGCAAACAUGAUGUUCGAGAAGACAGGAGAAUAUCUGCAGGAGGAGCUCACUUCUACUCAUGCAGAUUAUCAAUUGUUGGAACGUUUAAACAAAGAAACUAUCGCCAAGUAUACUGAGCUGAAGAUUAUAUCGUCGAACGUCGUUCAAUCAUUGGAUUCUCUGAAUGAGAAGUAUCAAAAAUUACAACCGAUUCUAGAUAAUAUUAAUCAAAUUGAUGAUAGUGUCAGCAAACUGGAACAAGCUGCUUACAAACUCGCAGCAUACUCUAAACGACUUGAAACCAAAUUCAAGGACCUCGAAAAAGAUACAAAAAGCAAAUAAAGUUACAUAAUUAUAAAAAUAU